UGAUUCGGAAAACGCCCCUUGCAUCCAUGCAUGAAAUACCAACAAUCCUACUACAAAAUGCUCGAAGCCAACAAUCUAUACAUUUAUUUAUACUACCCCAACAUAUUCUUCAAUAGAUAGGCACGGUGUUCAAUACUAGCCUCCCAAGAGAUUAUCCACGUACCUACAUCUUUUACAAGGUAUAUUCUACUAAAAAAUGAAUUCCGAAUCCUACGAUUUCAUCAUCGCAGGCGGCGGUACGGCCGCGCUCGUGGUUGCCGCUCGUCUCUCAGAAGAUUCCAGUCAGCGCAUACUUGUGCUCGAGGCUGGAUCUGACCACAGCGAAGAUCCCCGCGUUAAAAUUCCGGCACUCUACGCCGCUCUGAAGAAGAGUGAAGUUGACUGGGACUUCCAAACUGAAACUCAGUCAGGACUCAAUAACAGACGAAUCGACUUGAACCAGGGCAAGGCCUUGGGCGGCUCAAGCGUUAUAAAUGCAGAAGUCUUUGCUCCACCUACCAAGAAAUUGAUCGAUUCUUGGGCCUUGCUUGGUAACGAUGGAUGGACUUGGGAAGGGCUACGUGACUAUUAUGCCAAAGCCUAUACGUCGCCACCAAGAGUAUCAGAUAAUAUCAAAAAGAGCCUAGGUGUUGAUGGUUGGACGGCCAAGAACGAAUCAGGUACAGGUCCAGUCCAUGUAUCUUUCCCCGGCAACCUAUCUCAUCCUAUUCGUGAGGCCUGGGCAAAGACAUUCAAAGAUAUCGGAUACCUAAUGCCCAACGAUCCUUGGGUAGAUCCAUCAGUAGGAGUCGGAUCUUUUAGUAACCUCACGAGCAUCGAUCCGGUAACGAGGGAAAGAAACCACUCCGCCAAAGCGUAUUAUUACCCAGUGAAGAGCCGGAAGAACCUUCAUGUCCUCACCAAUGCUGUCGUUGAAAAGAUUAUAUUUGGAGAGAAUUCGACAAAGGCCACUGGAGUCCAAUACCGCUACGAGGCUCAAACGAGAACCGCUUCCGCACGCAAAGAGGUCAUCGUCGCUGCUGGUGCCUUACAAUCACCGAAGUUACUCGAACUGUCCGGCAUUGGCAAUGCUAGUCUUUUAGAGCGACAUGAUAUCAAGGUGGUCAGACAUCUGGAAGGAGUUGGAGAAAAUCUCCAGGAUCACCUUGUUUGUGAUGUUGAUUUCGAGGCAGUAGAUGACUUGGAAACACUCGACGUUCUACGAGACCCUGGGGUGAUGGGGCAGUCUAUGCAAGAGUUCAUGACCAACCAUACAGGCUUGCUUACAACAAACGGGGUUAUUACGUAUGCCUACAUGCCAGUGGUUAAGUAUCAAUCGGGCAAAGGACGAGAAUUCCUGGAACAGAUGCUCGAUAAGAACCGGCCAACGCCAGAAAGCUUCUCGGGCAAAAAUCAAGCUCAAGCUUCGGCUUAUUAUAAUAUAGCUAAAAGUACUCUACUUGACCCAAAUGCAUCAUCAGUUGCUUACCUUACGGCGCUUUCAAACAACAAUAUAUCGCCCGAUCCUGCCACGGGCAAACCCGCACCCCCUGCUCCUGGAAAGUAUAUCAUCUUCGCCGCCACACUCGCUCAACCACUUUCCCGUGGAAGUGUUCACAUCAAAUCAAACGACAUAUCAGACGCUCCCAUUGUUGACCCACGGUACUUAACGAACCAAGUAGAUGUUGAGAUAUUUGCAGAACAUAUGCAUUAUAUCCAUACCCUCGCCGCGUCGCCGUCUUUGAACGGCAUAUUCAAACAGCCACUAAAGAUCUCCCCUUCGGCAGCCCGUUUCGCGGAUCUAGAUGCCGCGAAGGAGUACCUUCGAGCCCGCGCUUCUUCGAUGUGGCACCCCGCGGGAACAUGCGCAAUGCUUCCUGAGGAGAUUGGGGGUGUUGUAGACAGCAAUCUCAAGGUGUACGGAGUAGAAAAUCUCCGUGUUGUUGAUUCAAGUAUCGUGCCGCUGCUUCCUCCAGGUAACUUGCAGUCUACGGUGUAUGCACUCGCAGAGAAGGCCGCCGAUCUGAUAAAGCUGGAGUACGGACUGAAGACUACUAACUAGAAGAUAAACUAUUGGCCGGCGCUAAUAAGCAGCAGUAAGGUGAGUCCAAGUGCGACCAACACCGUGAUGAAGUCUCAAGAAAUACGGAAAAUGAGCGAAGAGACAGUGAGAAACGUAAAGGGAGGGGAAGGAAAAGAAAUACAUAAUAAAAUCAAAAUAAAAUGAUGCCUAAAAGAACAUGGCAAAAAAGCUCGGACUCAGGAUUCGACCUUCUACUCGAUUGACCUGAACAGUUGGCCUGCCUGCCGCCCCUCAUAGGGGAUCGAACCUGAGUCUUACGAAAAACUCCCCAAGGAAUUAUUUCAUCACCCUACUGCCAUUGCCACUACACCACCGGCCGCAUUGGUGUCCUAGCGCCGAUUGGGGAUGGGAGAUUGGCUGCUUAAGGGGUUAUUUAAGGCGACAGCGGGAUACGAGAUGUUGCCUAGCAACAAAGGUACUUUACUCACAACACAAAAAGGCCUAACGUACCUGAUAUCCUUUUUCUUAUUACUUUAUUCCAUGUCUACCUGUCUAAAUUGUACCUCCUAGGGUAGUUAACAAAGUUUUUAUGACCAAAUUAUGAUACGGUUAGAUGGGCCGUAUCAAUAACAAAUAGCCUAUGAUCUUAUGGGCAAUUUACC